ACUCUCAAUCAAAGGAAAAAGUGAUCAAAAGACACAAUGAAAUACAUUAAAAUAACUAUUGUUAGCGGGAAAAGUUGAAAAAGUUAAAAUUAAACGUUGUUAACUCAGCGUUUUGUAUCUAGUUAUGCGUGAAACACAUAUUUGCCGUCAUUGUGGUACUUCCUGAACUAUAUUUCCUCUCUUUGACAGCCGCUGACAGAGAUGUCGAUACGACUGAAUUAAAGCAACUGCUAGAUAACAAGGACUUGCAGGAUAACACUGUUUUGCAUAUGGCUGCCUUAAAUAACGAUGUCAAGACCGCUAAACUGUGCCUUGACCAUGGCGCAGACGUCAACACCAAGAAAUCCAAGGAAACCACUCCACUACACAUGGCGGCCACUAAAGGGAAUCUUGAGAUGGCGGAGUUGCUAAUAUCACGAGGAGCUGGAGUUAACAUGAAGGACGGGGAUUCCAAAGCACCGCUUCACAGGGCUGCUCAGUUUAACCACAUCAAACUUAUUUCACUUCUUGUUGAAAAUGGAGCCAAAGUGAACACACAUGAUGGCGAGGGACGGUCGCCAUUCCUGAACGCCGUUGCGGCAGGGCAUGUUGGCUCGGCCAGGGUUCUCCUUAAACUUGGUGCUGACGUAAAUGCAACCGAUUUGCUCAUGAAAACCUGUGUUCAUAUCGCGGUGGAAAAUGAGCAGUUGAAGAUGCUUGCGAUGCUUUUAGAGAGUCAUCCUGGGACAACAAAUUUAUACAAAGCAGAUUUGUGGGAUAGGGUUCCUUUGCACUACGCUGCCAAGUCAAAAGAUAUAAAAAUCUUAGAGCUGGUCUUAUCCAAACAGAAGCAUCUGUCAUAUCGAGAUGAAAAUCAAAAGACACCUCUUCACCUAGCUUCAGAAUCUGCCUCCUCCAAACACGUUGAAGUAUUGGCAAGGCGGAUGUCUGGUGUUAACGAACGAGACGAACAUGGACGAACACCUUUGCACAGUGCUGCCAGGAAAGGCCAACGAAAGGCUUGUGAGACACUUCUUAAACUGGGAGCAGAAGUUGACAGUAAAGAUAACAAUUCCCGAACAGCUUUGAUGUGGUCUGUUCAGAAAAACAACCUACAAUGCGCUAAGAUUCUGCUUGAUUUCAAAGCUUCUGUCGACCUCCAAGAUAGAGAUGGUGACACUGCAUUACACGUGGCUUGUGGACAGAGCCAUGCAGCUAUAGUUCGUCUACUUUUGGACUGCGGGACAAGUUUGAUGCUUUGCAACAAAAGAGGAAACGGUUGUUUAGAAAUAGCAACGAAGGCAGGAUCUUCUAAUGUUGCCAUGACAAUUGUAAAACACAAAAGGAAGGAACUGACCAAGCUCUUUCAAACGUUCAUAGAAAAAGUAAAUCUUCAGUUUCAGCGUUAUAGGUCAAACCUAUUUUCUUCUUUUGUUUUAAGGUGGGUGGAAAUUAAAAACUACCAGACUAAAACUGGGCAGACUUCAAUCUCACUCCUGGUUGAAAAUUUCCCCGAAGCUGCCGAAGUCGCCCUGACUCAAUGCGUGCACUAUUCUCCACAUCUCAAUACUACCGACCCAGAGUACACCAUCACGUACGACUUUAAGUAUUUGGAUCCUGGUCCAGAGGUAAAGGAAAGCAGAAAAAGGUUCUCUACAGUUAAAACGAUGAUCAAGCAUCAACGCGAGCGGCUCCUUCUUCAUCCUCUCACACUGAAAUUCAACGAAAGGAAAUGGAGCAUGUUGGGAAAGUUCGGAUUUUUCGGCGAUUUUGUCACAUAUUUUAUCUUGCUGAUUUUCCUGAGCAUAUUUGUUGUUCAAGUAAGGAAAGUCACUGAUGUGCUACCAGAGAUGAACACAUCUGGAGAACCACAUAUUUAUUAUGAAGAGGAUUCUGCCUUUGCGGAAUCAGUCCUAAUCACUGAUGUGCCACCAGAGACGAACAAAUCUGGAGAACCAGAUAUUUAUUACGAAUUCGAAGAGGAUUCUGCCUUUGCAAAAUCAGUGCCAAUCAUUUGCUCGGUUUUCUUCAUAUUGCACCUAUGCAAAGAAUUUUUUCUUAUAUACAUGCAGCGUUGGAGGUAUUUCAAGGACACUUCCAAUUACCUUCGCUGGAUCUUUUACCUCAGUAUCACGGGAGCCAUGGGUAUCUGGCCAUCUGCUGACGCCGACCCACGCGAAGUUUGGAUUCCCUGGGGUGUGGCGACUUUUGGGUGCUAUACGAACAUGCUGUUGUUCCUUAGAAGAUAUCAACUGUUUGGUACUUAUAUCUCAAUGUAUACUGAAGUGAUCAAGACUGUUGUCCAAGUGAUGGUGGUAUUCGUUUUCCUCGUCUUGGGAUUUGGACUGGUCUUUUACAUUCUAUUUCAGGAGCAGGAUUCAUUCCGCAACCUGCCUCUUUCCACUCUUCGUGUAUUGGUUAUGACGGUUGGAGAGCUCGACUUCACAGACUUCGUUGAGCUGUACAAAAAGCAAGAUCCUUCUAAUCCAUUUCCAUCAGCGGCAUACACAUUUCUCUUUUUGUGCCUGUUUUUGAUGAGCGUCGGACUGAUGAAUCUCUUGGUUGGUCUGGCCGUUGGAGAUACCGAGAAAAUUAAAAAGUUAGCCACAAUCAAGAGACUUGCUCUGCAGAUUGAGUAUCAUAUUGAAAUAGAAGACUCCUACCCAGGUUUCAUCACCCGACCUUUUUACGAAGAGGUUUAUGAUGACAAGCCUAAUAAGCAACCCGUACAUCACAGAGUAAUGGAGUGGCUACAAUCACGAUAUGCUGAAGCCGCUCCAGAGCCAUUGGCGGAGGACAACAAACCAACUGAACUCACUGAGUUACGAGACGGGAUGAUGAAGAACAAGAAGAGGAUAAAGUCAGUUGUGAAUAUGCUGGAGGCACAGAACAAGUUACUCAGAAGCCUGGCACUAUCAAUUAACCCUAAUUUUCAGCUGCCAGAAGAUAUCGAGAGAGCCAGCUGGACUGCAGAUGAUACAGAUGAUACAGAUGGAAGACAUCAAUCGUCCCUUGAAACAGUAGAGGAACUGAGCGAAGAACCAACAGAUGGCACGAAGCUGGCUUUGGCAACAGAAGGGAAUGCUCCCGAUGCUCUUUAUUGAGGAUCGCUAGACGUCUUAUGAGGAUCACUAGACAAAAAUUAUCGCCGCAGUUAUUUUUAGUUUUUCAUGCAUUUGUUCACAAAAAAGGUAACACUCACAGUAAUCCAUGAUACGGUCUCACAUAACAAUGCCAUGGUUAAUUUUUUGUUGUUGUGUUGGCACUACAGUCGAACUUCUCGAUCGUCAGCUGGCACCCCUGGGGUCAGAGACAGGGCCCCAGUAAAGUAGUUAUUCUCAUCUCUCCUUUAUAUGCAAAGUACCGCAUAGGACAAGAGUCCUCUAUCUCCUGCUCUCUCUUGCUCCCAGUUAAUUAAGGUUUAGGGCCUGAAAUUCUGCCUCCCUCAGGUCGAUUUGGGACGGCCCCUCUUCCUUUUAUCCCCUGCUGUCCAUCUGAGAGCAACUUUAGAUAAUUUCUCUCUGAAUGCACGUAACCGAUCCAAACCACCUUCGUCUUGCAAGGGCAAUCCCCAUGUCCUUCUGCUCGGUUUCAAGAGCGAAGGUAAACUAGUGUUAAUGUAUAACUUAAGAAUAUGUGUAGAGAAAAAAAAAGUGACACAUCAACAUUUCUACGAGGUAUGAAUGAAAAGCUACUUAAAAGUUCCAGCUUCACGGAUUCAAUUUCCUUAAGAGAGGGGGUAACAUGCAUCUCCGUCAUAUAUACGCACGAGAGGUAGCUAUAUACAAGCGAAAAAGGGGAAGGAGGAAAAUAGUAAAUACAGGCCGGAGCAAACAUGUGCUUCUCGAUAGGUUUUUUGGUUUAUAAUGCUUACAGUGCGACAAAUAGUACUGGUGAACUGAAAACAGUCAAUGGUCUUUGUUGGUUCUACAAAAUUGUACACGUUCUACAAAAAGAUAUACGUCACAUAAGCAAAAAUUAGUCGCAUUUCUUGCAUUGUAGGAACUGACAGAUUCACUUUUUUAGAGGGAACAUGAACCAUUUACUUGUUACGAUAGAGGACGUCGAGAAGUAUAGCGGUAUCCAUGAAAAUCGUAUAAUUAUACUGAUUUGACUUCGAAUUCUUCCUUUUCCAUUAAUUUCCUGACAUAACGUCUCGUAAUAAAUAAAUGAAGAUCACCACAGAAUUCAAACAGUUAACCACUGAUUUACAUUGAAGCUGUGUGUAUUAGAAUUAAAUAAGAAAUUUUAAGUUAAAAGAAGUUAGCAAUAAAAUAACAAUAUUAUCUACAGCUAGGUAAUUCUAAUAAGAUCGUCAUAUACAUGGUGAAAUCUAUAAUAUACUCCGGUAUUACGCUAGCCUUUAUUGAAUCGAUGCGCAGGAAACGAUUUCAGCUCUGCUCUGAACAAUAUAAACUUUGUAAUGUAAACGUAAUGUUCAGAACAUGUUGAAAAAAUAAAUUCAGUGGGUGAUUAAAACUGA